AUGUCGCGUCCACAGGAUGAUAGGAAUCAGGAAGCAACCGUGUAUCUUGGAAAUCUCGAUGAACGUUGCACAGAUGCGCUAGUAUGGGAGCUUAUGUUACAAGCCGGUCCCGUUGUGAACGUGCACCUUCCUAAGGACCGAAUAUCAAUGGCUCAUCAGGGUUACGGCUUUUGUGAGUUUUUGACGGAGGAGGACGCAGAAUACGCUUGUAAGAUCAUGAACCAGAUUAAAUUGUGGGGCAAACCCAUUCGAGUUAACAAGGCAUCUUCGGAUAAGAAACAACUUGAUGUCGGGGCCAAUCUGUUCAUUGGAAACCUGGACGAGAAUGUCGAUGAAAGGCUACUGUAUGACACCUUUAGCGCUUUUGGUAUGAUGGCAACAACUGCAAAGAUUGCUCGCGAUCCAGGUACAGGCACGUCGAAGGGAUACGGAUUUGUCUCGUAUACAGACUUUGAAGCAUCCGAUGCAGCCGUUGAAUCAAUGAACGGGCAAUUCUUGAUGAACAAAGCGAUAACCGUACAGUACGCUUUCAAAAAAGACGGCAAAGGAGAGCGUCACGGCACAUCUGCCGAACGUUUACUUGCAGCCCAGGCUCGUAAAAAUAACGCCUUGCCUGUUGCCUCCCGUCCGCCUCCCGGUCCAAUGGCUUUUGGUGCCCAACCGCCAAUGCCUGGAUUCCAAGGACCGUAUCAAGGGCAAUUUGCUGGUGUUCUUGCUCAACCACCGCCACCUCCUGGGUUCACGCAACAGCAGACGGUCAUGCCGCCGAUGGGUAUGCCGCCUAUGGCUCCUCCUACGCAGAUGCCUAUUCCUCCUCCGGGAAUGCCGGUAUAUGGAGGUUUUCCGCCGCCGCCUCCUCCUCCAGGGUUCGCCUUUCCUCCUGGUGCUAUGCCGCCCCAGCCGCCUCCACAACCGCAAUUCUAA